UCGUAGCUAAAGCGUCUAACCCACGGAGCGCUCCAGUGCGAUAGUACUUCCUCUGUUGUCAAGGAAGAGCGAGACGAGCUUGCCUCGAAUUUCGACCUUUAACCGGCUUCCCACCUCUUGGUUUCUUGGAUUCUUGGAUUAUAUUUGGAUAAGACGUCUGUUCUUGUCUACAACUAUGGGUGGACUGGGAAACGGACGGCGUGCAGGGCGAUCCCCUCCUCUACUGAUAGGAGCCCUGGUUGCUUGUAUUCUGGUCUUGGGUUUCAACUACUGGGUGUCCAGCUCUCGCAAUCUGGAGUUACAGACUAAACUGUACGAACUGGAUGGCAAAGUGAGGCGUGGAGCGGCAGAGCAAGAGGUUGCGGAAAUGAAGAGGAGCCAAUUUCAGGAAGAGAUCCAGAGACAGAAGGAGCAGAUGGGUCAUAUAGAAAGCCUUUACAAGAGGCAACUGGAAGGAGCACAGAAUACCUGCAGUCAGGAGAAGGUAGUUUUGCAGCAGAAUGUAUCCUCCAGCAGUAAAGCCAUACGAGAACUGAAAGGUCAGUUAAAUCGGCUGACUGAUGACUUGGGAAAGCUGCAGAGAGAGUUGCAGAAUUGCCACGGCAACAUCAACACCCUCAAUAACAAACUAACCUAUGACAUGACACACUGCAAUUCCCAGGUCCUGGCUCAGAAAGAACUGUGUGAUGAGAGAGUUGCUGCAGCCAAAAUUGAAAUCCAGAAGAAAAUGGAAAAGCUAAUAUUGUCCUCUUCUGUCCAGGAAAAUGCAGCCAAAGAACCUGUAGAAGAAGAAGAAGCAGCAGCGCCAGAGAUUGCUAGAGCUAAUACUGUAAAGGUGGCCACGACAGAGAAACAAAUACCUGAGGUAGCGCAUCAAAAAGAAUCCCCGGAGGCUCCGGCAAAUGAGCUUGUUGAUAAAGAUCCAGACGCUCCGGUGGAUCUAGAUGCAGCAAAAGAACAUCCACAGAUAGAAACCCACUCUGUUGCGACAGCCACUGCACAGAAGCAGGAAAUUCUUCCAGCACCGGAAGAAGAUGGCGAGAAGGACGAGGAUGAUAUUGAUAAUAAUGACACUGCCAAUGAUAUUGAUAAUGAUAACGGCGAUGGUAAUGACACUGAUGACAAUAAUGAUGGUGAGGAUGAAAAGACGCACCUGAUGAAGAAUGCCCCUGUGAUGGAAUUGAUGGACGAUCACAAGGAAGAGACUGAUGACAAUGGAGUGCAUGGAAUGCUGCACGCCGUGCUGAAGGAAGACCAGAAGCCUGUGGAGCACAAACUGGAUGAACCAGAUGAUUAUGAUGCAGAUGAUCGCAUUGUUGCAGGUGCAAAUCCAGUCAAACCGCAAGGCCAAAAUACAGACAAGGGCAGGGAACAGGAGCCAGCCAACUAUAAUGGAGAUGACGAGAAUGAGGGAGAAUUUGAAGCUGACAAACAAGCAGAGCUCGCUCGACUUUAAGGGGUGGACAGAGGAUGGGGCAUCAUCAGGAACAAGAGCCUGCCAAACACCACUGGAGCAGACGAGUGCACAGAUGUGAAUACCUUUUUAUUUUUAUUUUUUUUAAUAGAAUUUGUUUAUGUAAGAUUCCAAACUCACUCUUUGAACUUCAUCAGAUUAACAAGGUAUCAUUUCACGUUUUUAACACAAUCUUAUUUAAAGAUUAGCUUUUGUUUGGCAAAUAAGGACGUUGCGGUUGAAGGUUUCACUCCCAGCCUGGUAACUUAUGUGGCCUCAUGGGAGGUUCUUCACGUUUUAAUUAAUUUGCUUUGCAAAUAUUGAAAAGGUUAAUCACACAAUGGCUUUGAUGAUAAGCAUCUUUUCGCAGUGAGUUUCGCCGAUUUUAAAUUAAAUUUUUUUAAAGCUGUUGACACAGUCAUUUUUAUGUCACGUUCAUAUUUCUUUCUUUCUGUGGAGUUUCCUACAAAACCUGAAUUCCCGCUCUAUAAGAUAGAGACUUGCUUUAGGUAAAUAUUGCCAUUGACUCAGGAAUGCUAUUGAAAAAUGUCUCUCGAUGGAAAUGUCGUAGAAAGAUGUACAAACUUCCAGAGGGCUAUUGCGGAUCGUGAUUGUUCAUCCAAGCAUCAGACCAGAUAAGGCUGAUCUGAUCUGGUUAUAGAAUGUGAAAAGUCUAUAAAUAGCUCCUUUGUUUAGAACUUUGUAGUGUAAAAUCUUAGUAAUGUAAAAUCUUGUCUGCAUUUCCUAUUUAUGACUAAAGUCUUCCCACUGCUUUUUUUAAAGUGUGUGAAGAGCGUGAAAGUGAGCUGUUGAGAGGGAAGUCUUCUGUAGAGAAUGGAGAUGAAAAUAAUCAUCAAAGCCUUAAAGUGUAAGCCAUGAGCAACAACAUCAUUGAUAAGGUUUAUGACUUAUAAUAUAUAAUUGCCGAAACUGUGUGUUUAAGUCGUCGCUCUAUAUUCAUCGAGCUGAAAGAUAUGCGCUUCAUAAUUGGUUCCACUCUACUUUCAAAUAUCUACUUGACAACAAAACAUGCUAAAUGUAAUGUCUUGCCUUCAGUUUUUGAAGUUGUAUAGUUGUUUCUGUUGUUGUUCACAUGUUGCUUUGUGAUAUAUUUUAAAGAUUAUUUGGUAGAAAUGAGAUGUACGCAGAGCUGCCUUCCCAACACUGUACUAUUUCUGCCACACACUGCUGAUGCUGAGCGAGUUCAAACAUUUGCCGAGGACCGCUGCUGAUUCUGUCCAAGCUCACGUUCAUUUAUUUAUUCUGCUUUGAAUCUGUAUUUGGCAGUGUUUUGGGAGCAAUUCAGUUGGGCAAAAUGACUUGGUGGUUUUUAUCUGUUUUGUUUCCCCAUGUUGCCGAGCAUUAUCGUAGUCCAUGUGUCUAAAUCCGUACCAUGUUUUAUAAUUUAAUUUUUUUUAUUGUUAAACAGCUGAAAGAUUCAUGAUUAAAAUGAAUAAAUAUAACUAUCAGAAUACCUCUGUUCUUCCUGCUUGGAUUCAAUUGUGUGUUCCAACACCUUAUAUGUCCACCAAGUUUGGGUCAUUCCUUGAAUGACGGAUUAAGGGGCCAGAAUGAUAGAAUGGAAGGCAGAGAACUCUUGGUAAAUCUGAUACACUGCUGGAUAAAGUUAUCAACUCAUUAAGAGUUGACUCACAAUGUUCAAAGCCAAGACAACGAAUACACUUACUAGUAUUUACAGCCAUUUAGGAUGUCGUCACACGAUGCUGCACCCAGACGUACACCGUUUAGCAAACCAACCUCUUGCAUGUACCUUCAAACCGAGCUAAAUAAAGUUGUCAU